AUGGCAGCAGCAAUGGUACUGAACACACAUGAAGAACAUCAGAAGCACAAGACUAAGGGAGGAGAGACAGUUAUGGAGCACAUCACCAAGCAUCCGCUACAGAACAGGUGGGCCUUAUGGUUUUUCAAAAAUGACAAGAGCAAAACCUGGCAGAAUAACUUGCGGCUUGUUACCAAGUUUGAUACUGUGGAAGACUUCUGGGCGCUAUAUAGUCAUAUCCAACUAGCUAGCAAGCUGACGUCUGGCUGUGACUACUCUCUUUUCAAAGAUGGUAUUGAACCCAUGUGGGAAGAUAACUGGAACAAGCACGGUGGUCGUUGGCUUAUCACAUUGGCCAAGCAGCAGCGGCAUACAGAACUUGACCGUUUCUGGUUAGAGACUUUGCUGUGCUUGAUUGGAGAUAUGUUCUGUGACUACAGUGAUGAUGUCUGUGGGGCAGUCAUCAAUAUUCGUGCCAAAGGGGACAAAAUUGCCAUUUGGACCCGGGAGGCAGAGAACCGGGAUGGAGUAAUUCAUAUUGGGCGUGUGUAUAAGGAACACCUGGGCCUCUCUUCAAAAGUGGUAAUUGGUUAUCAGGCUCAUGCAGACACAGCUACCAAGAGUGGCUCCCUUAUGAAGAACAGAUUUGUUGUGUGAGCUCACUGGGCUUGAACUCAACCCUGGGCAGGAUGGCUAAAGAUGAGCUGCAUGAAGAUUUAGCAUGUAA